AUGUGGCUUCAGUAUGUUGCCCGUCAUACCUUGCAGAACAAACCGUUUGCUGACGUUUUCCGUAACGACUUGAAAACACAAGGUUUGUCGCGGAAAUCCGGCCUAGGUUCGCUGAGGACUUGGUGCUGUUGUGGCUACGCGAAUGAGCGGCGGCGCUUCCUCUGGAGUCUGGGGUGCUUCCUCACGUUCUCGUGUGCCUCUGGUGUACUGGGGGCCCACGGAGGUGAGGCUUCUGGUUCAGCUACGAAAUCGUCGAGGCCGCUUUACGACCAGUGGGCAAGCACCUACGACGCACUGAAUGAUAGAAACUGCAUUACAAAGCUCAGUGGGUUGGACAAAGCACGCGAGCUCGCAAUAUCUUACACUUUUGGCCGAGUGUUAGAGAUUGGCUUUGGAACGGGUAUAUCUCUUCGCUCUUUCAUCCAAAGGGAGAAAGACCACCAGAGUCAGGCGUCGCGCCCACUAAAACCGCUCGUUCAGUCUAUUGUUGGUCUCGAUGCAAGUUCGGAAAUGCUGCAGACAGCCCGGGAACGCGCUUACCAUCUCGAUGAAGACCUACCGUUCGAACUGCGAUUAGUGCAUGCGGACUUGCUUGCGGCGCUACCAUUUGAAGAGGAGGCCUUCGACUGUGUGCUUUGCGCGUAUACGCUUUGCACCAUGCCGGACCUCGAUGCAGCACUUCGGACUGCUUUGAGACUCGUCCGCCCUGGCGGACGGCUCAUCCUUCUUGACCAUGUUCGCUCGAAUGCGAAACUUAUUGCAGCAUAUCAGGAUGUGGUGGCGCCUCUCGUCCAGAGAACAGCCAAAGACUGUCGAUGGAAUCGUGACCUCGAGCGCGCCCUAGACGAGAAUCUAGAAGGGAGUUAUCAUAUUCUGGAAAGUCGUCGUUUCCUAGGUGGUACCGUCGAGCUCUUGGUUGCAGAGCGGUUGGGCGCACAUGACCAAAAUCGGCUUUUUCGACGUGAGCCGAGCGCUGCGGAUGCUUGGCAAUCAUGUGUGGACUCACGGAGGUGCUCGGGGCCGGCUUCACGAAAUGUCGGUCACGAUCCUGGGCUAGACAGCGUAUUGGAAUCUUAA